AUGUCUGAUGAAAUUGUUUGGCAAGUGAUUAACCAGAGUUUUUGUUCGCAUCGUAUAAAGUCACCCAGUGGGCAGACUUUCUGUAGGGAUCCAUACAAUGUGACAGGUCUAUGUACCAGACAGUCAUGUCCAUUGGCUAACUCAAAGUAUGCCACUGUGAGGAGUGACAAAGGUAGGAUAUAUUUGUACAUGAAGACUCCUGAAAGAGCGCAUACUCCAGCGAAGUUAUGGGAACGUAUUAAGUUAUCAAAGAAUUAUUCAAAGGCUUUACAACAAAUUGAUGAACAUUUACUUUAUUGGAGUAAAUUUUUCCAACAUAAAUGUAAACAAAGAUUCACCAAAUUGACACAAGUUGCCAUUACAGAGAGACGUAUGACUUUGAGAGAAGAAGAGAGACACUAUGUUGGUGUGGCUCCAAAGGUGAAACGUAGAGAAGAAAACAGAGAAAGAAAAGCUCUAGCAGCUGCUAAGAUCGAAAAAGCCAUUGAAAAGGAAUUGCUGGAUAGAUUAAAGAGUGGUGCUUAUGGUGAUAAACCAUUAAACGUCGACGAAAAGAUCUGGAAGAAAGUUAUGGGUAAAUUGGAAGAUGAGAAUGAGGAUGAAGAAUUGGAAGAUGAAGAAUUGGAAGAAGAGAGUGAUGACGGUGAAGUUGAAUAUGUGGCUGAUGAAGCUAAUGCUGACUAUGUCAGUGUAGAAGACUUACAAAAAUGGUUAGCUGAUUCUGAUGCCGAACAAUCCUCUGAUGAAGAGAGUGAAAGUGACAUCAGUGACAGCGAUAGUGAUGCUGAUGAAGGUUCCAAGAAACGUAAGAAGACAAAGGCUCCAAAGAGUAAACGUCCAAAGGUCGAGAUCGAGUUCGAAGAAGAACGCGAAGUUCAACAACCAGAACAAGAAGUUGCUCAUUAA